AUGAUAAACUUGGAGGAAGAAACAAACGAAAAGCAAAGAUUUUUUCGUGAGGUGGGGAAAAGAGUUCAACAAAUAAAGCCGGAAUAUACAGAGUUAGUCGUGAAGAUCGUUCAAGGAUUCACAAUCGAUACGCAACCAUACGAGGGUUUUGGGUACUUUAGAGUUAUGGCAUGGACAGACGCAGAAGAUCAGUACGGAACAGAAGUGGUGAAGUCUUUCAAAGGCAUCCAUUACUUUAAAAACCAAAAACUUGUGAUUCCUUUAGAUUCUCCUGCAGAUCAAUAUCUUUACAUUGAAUUGCUAAGAGGGAUUUCAAAGAAAGAUCCCGGAACAUCGAACGGUACUACUGUGAUGGGUCGGGCAAAGAUUAAACUGCCUCCUCGAAGCAGCCGUCGCGAGGUCACCUCUAUGGUCGAGCUCGUUGGUUUGAACAAUGGUCGAUGUGUAGUUGUUAAGGGACGCCUAGAGCUUUCUAUGAAACUUCAUAGAUAUGUAAUGUGA